UCUGAAAAUUUCCUCGUGGGUCCGCGUUUCUUGAGUUGUUUUCGAAGCGAGGGUGCUUCAUAUUCACGUUCUGCAGAAUUACCCUUCAUUUCUCUGUCGCGCAAUUGCUUAUAGAUUCAGAGAGAGAGAUAGAGAGAGAGAGAGAGAGGACUUGUUGCAUAUCUAAGUCUUUGCUGGUACGUUACUUAACUGCGUUUGGUUAGCUGGCUUACCAGUCAUUCUCUCUUUCUCCCUCCCUCCCUCCCUAUCUCUCUCUCUCUCUCUCUCUUUCAUUCUCUAAUUAUUUCAAAUAUCUUUUUUUUUUUUGCUUAAUUAAGGCCACCAAUCUCUUUCUUUGGCCCCCGUUGCUCCAUUCAAGAUGGAUGGCUCCAAAAGAGUCUUCUACUUAUUUUAUUGAUUUCUUCCCCUUCGGCUACACCUAGUUCUCGAUAUUUAUUUCUUUGAGAUGCGUGGUCUUUGUAUAUUUGCUUAAUGUUUCUGGGGUUGUAUUUUAUAUAGGGUGCGUGGAAAUGGUCCAUCUUUUAAAUUUCGGCUCAUUUUCUCCCGAUUGGAUCCGAUCAAUUGACUAUAGACAACUGGGGUUUUUUUAAUUAGACUUCUUGAUCCAAGUCCUUAUUUUUAAGAUUCUGUGCCCUCGUAAGACAAAUCAUUUGUUCGGAAAGUUGUUAGUCUUUUUGUUCACGCUUUUCGCAGUGCCCUAUUGCGAUUUUGUAAACGAUUGUAUGCCCUUCCGUUAGGUAAGUUUGUCGGCCGUGUCUAACUACUAGGAAUUUGUUUUUUUCCCUUGGAGCAGCCAUAACUAUACAGCACUUGUUUGACCGUUGCGUUUGAGCAAUACAGUGUUUAUGCUAGGGGACAAUGCCUUAAAACUUUUUCUCGCUUAAUACGGUUCUAAAUCCUAAAAGUGUCUUCCAUUUUAUGUUUUAAUCGAUGGAGUUGUUGACUACAAGCCACCCUCCUCCUUGGCUUUUAAGGGUCUGCAUAUUCGUCGCCAAUGGCAUAGGUGGAAUUACUUGUGAUUCGUUUGUGCACCUUUGGCAUCCUUAUCUGUAUUAUAGAAGAUCAUGGAUGAAGCAAGAUGUGACUGCUGUGGGAUUCAUGGGAUUAUAUCCGUUUCAGUGUCUUAUAAACGAACCAGUCUUGUGGUUUGCCACCAGCUUUAUGUUUGUUAAACGAUUGGUUCAUCAAGUUACUGUCAUUCUUUCAAGAAAGAAGAAAAUAGACCAGUGAUGCCUUCCAUUCCUUCAGUUUUGGUGGCUCCAAAAUUCCCUUGGAGCCCCAAAUUUCGGAGCUUUGAUCUUGGUCUCUUGUUCCCUUCUGCUUGAAAAACAAUUGGUCCAUCGAGUUCCUGUGCUGUGUCUCGUGUUUUACUAGGAUGCAUGAGCUGUUUCGCUCAUAAAUUGUUUUUGAUAGUCUUACAUCUUGGAUUGAAUUAGUUUAGGCAGAGAAUACUAAUUUGGUUGCUUUGGCGAUGAUGUUGGCUUGGCAGCCACUAUAUGAUCAUGUCUUUCGGUGUAAAGAUGUGAAUAUGAAACUAGACCUCACUUGGGCACAGUUACAGCUUUACGAUGACCUUUCUCAAUGCAUCAGCUUGAAGAUUGUGCGUAUUAAUAUCACUAUUGCUCAUACUUUUGAUUGAAUUGUUCUCGAUUCAUGGUUCACUUCUUUCUCAUUUAGAAGUCAAAAGAAAGAAAAAGAAGUUGGUGGAAAGUUAUUGAACGAGGUAGCAGAUGCUGCUGAUAAACUUCCCGACAAGCAGGAAGAUGCACCGACAGAUGAGAAUAUGCAAGACUCAACGCAGACGCCUCCACUAUCCGAGCGUCGGAAGGCUCUGUUUGAGCCAUUGGAGCCUGUGGGUAGCGCCAACAGCCGACUGCCAUCGAAUGAGUCUUUGUUGCCACCACCCGACUUCGAUUCUGCGAGCUAUCCACGAGGCUGGCUGAUCGGGAAAAGGCGGAAGCUUGUGAAUGUCGAUGUGGUUGAAAGCAUGCGAAGGAUUGCUGUUCAGGAGAUGAACAGAAAGGACAGGGAAAUUGAUGGCCUGAAUGAGCAGUUGGAGGAGGAUGCGCGGGUUCUCGAGCAUCUGCAAGUGCAGCUACUCGAUGAAAAGAGCAAGCGCUCUGAGGUCGAGAGAGAGAAUAAGAUGCUGCAGGACCAAAUAUCGAUGUUGAUGAACAUGUUGGACGAAAAUGAAUCGAUGGAAGAGGUCCCCGACGAGCCUUAGACAUCGCAUGUUGGUAAAAAACUGUUCUUUCGUUUCCUAUUUCAUUUUGAAAGAGUCUAUAUAGAUGAACGUACGAAAACAGAAGGCAUAGCUGGACCUAAUAAUAUGCAUGUUCUUUGAUAUGUUACUUUCCUCCGAAAAUUUCUUUUUAGAGGGUUGGAGAUUCCUUGUUAUCGAGGUAGCUGUGAGUGUCAUUAUCUAUCUGGUAAAGGGAAAGAAAAAAAAGAAAAAAAAAAGAAACAAGUUUGGAAGUUAGGUAAUGCCAUGUAAGUGCGAGUUCCUAUUUGUAACUGAAAUUGAACAUAGCGGGUCUGUAAUACAAAAGUCUGUUGAUAUAAACUCUAUUGUCCUUCCUUUUUGCUGUAA